AUAUAUAUUCUUAUAAAACAAUCUCCACAGAGCAAGUCGGACCGAGUGAGGGGUAACAGAGAGGAGUGGAACUGGGAACACCGGAAAUGUGGCGAUUGGCGCGCGGACGUGACAGACGCGGGAGUAUUUUAUUAUUUAUGGUGGCGUUGUGUAAAAGAUUGUCUUCUGGUUGCGUAUAAUUUUCAUUGUGGUAUUUUAGUUAAUUAAAAAUUGUUUUGUAAGGAAUAAAACUUCCUAGGUUGAGUGUUUUGUUACUUUUAUUAUUUAUUGUUUGUGAUUUCUAAGAUCAGAAGUGGGAUUACCACGCGUUUAGACCGUUUGUUAUCUAAAUUUAGUACUUAUUAGUGUUCAGUAUUGGAGGAACCUAAUCUCGGCCGUAAGUUUUAUUUCUUAUAAAAGCAAAAUGUCUGGUCGUUCGUCUCGACUCGAGGGACAAAGGCAUAGUCGCGAAAAACGGCGUUCUAGUUGUCGCAAAGCACGUCGCGAUAGUGUAGAUUCCCGUUAUACGCCGCCUGGUAGAAGCCUCUAUAGUAGUUCAUCAAACCGCCGGGAUCGGUCUUCCAGGCGUCGCUAUGUAUCGCACGGCCCUCGUAGCUCUCGUAAACGCCGCGAUAGUUCACGCUAUGUAGCUUUUGAUAGGAUUCUUAGUAGAUUAGAAGUGAUCGAAGCUAGACUACCUGUAUCCGUAGAAAGCGUGAGUUCGUCGCGUCCUGUGAACGGGAGCCAUUUAGUUUCUACUUCUUUGGCUGUACAGAGUUCUGCUAGUAAGCCAGGCUCAGGCAUGGCUGAAGAGGUUAUUGAGGGUAGUAUUCCACACACACUGGAUAUGAAUACCAGUGAAGCAAAGGAGGAGGGGAGCGGUAUUGUUGAAGCAUUGACUGCAUUGUUCAAAGCAAAGUCUCACAACUUUUAUAUAUCGCCUUUUGAUCCAAAUGUACACGACUUUGAUGUUUGGUGCAACGAGGUUGACCGUGCCCGGCUUCUAAAUAAUUGGGAUGAUCACGAAUGUUUAGGACGGAUAGGUAGUUGUUUGAAAGGAGAUGCGAAGUUGUGGUUAAACGAUUGGGUGACAAAUGAUCGAUCGUGGAGUAAUUUUAAACUAGAAUUUAGAUCGUUAUGUCCACGUAACGUUGACAUGGCUUCUGUAUUAUUUGAGGUAAUGAGUACAAACUCUAAUAAGUUUUCUACUUAUGCGGAAUACGCGCGUAAAUCUUUGCUACGUCUUAAUAUCGUUAAAGGUUUAUCUGAUGAGCUGAAAACCGCUAUUGUUGUUAGAGGCAUUAGUGAUCCCCAAAUAAAAGCCGCGGCCGCAAAUGCUAAAUUACACUCAAAAGGUUUGAUUGAAUUUUUAUCUGUUUAUAUAAAACCUAAAUACGAUUACCGCCAAUCUAACAAUACCGUUCGUUCUUUUAGUAGUUCAGGUCCGUCUUACACGCGAAACCGCGAGGCAUCUAGGUUUGAUAAUAACAAAAUUACUUGUGACACCUGAAGGACAUUAUGAAUAUUUGAAAAUGCCCUACGGGUUGGCCAAUGCACCAAUUGUUCAUCAGAGAAUCAUUUCCAAAACUUUAAAAACAUUAAUAGAUGCUGGCAAAGCCCUUACGUAUAUAGACGACGUUUUAUUACUGUCAAAUUCAGUAGAGUAAGGCCUUGACACGUUGAAAGAAGUUUGACAGACAUUAAAUACAGCAGGGUUUUCGUUUUCUAUUAAUUUAAAAAAAAAAUACCUUUUUAGACUCAGAAAUUGAAUACUUGGGGCGAUUGAUUGGUCAUGGUCAGGUUAGGCCGAGUCUGGGGAAGACCCGCGACUCUUGUGUUACAUCCCUAAGGGUCACAGACUCAGUUUGUUGAAGGUGUUCCACGAUGAACAUGAUCAUAUUGGGACUGACAGAACAACUGACUUAAUAUUAAGACACUUUUGGUUUCCUAGUUUGCGACAGUUUGUAAAUAAGUACAUAAGUCAUUGUCUUGUAUGUUUAGCACGUAAAAAAAAAAAGUUCCCAGGGCUCCGAGGGCUACUUUCUGUACAGACAAAACACUGACGAGCUAAAACGCGUUUUUUCAAAUGCGGUGUCAUUAUUUGGUACGCCGUCUACAAUAGUAUGUGACCGCGCUAGAAUGUUCGAAAGCGCUACAUUCCAGUGAUUUGGGAUGCUCGAUACAUUUCAUCACGCCUGGUAUGCACCGCGAAAAUGGGCAAGCGGAGCGGUACUGCAGGACAGUUCUCAACAUGCUACGUGUUGAAGUAGGCAACAAAGGUUCCCAAUGGUCCGAUGUGCUGUGGAGGAUGCAGCUCACUUUGAAUAUCUCCAAGCAAAGUACCACGCAGACGUCACCACUACAGUUACUGGUCGGUAUUAACGCAGUUACUCCAGUCAUCAGAUCGUUAGUGCGAGAUGUGGCACUUACUAACUCUAAUCCCAAUCGGGAGGCUCUUUUAACUCUUCGCAGACAACGAGCUUCGGCACUCCUUGCAACCAAUCAAUAGCGCCAUGAUGCCUACGUUAACGAGGGUCGACGGCAGCCACUCACUUUUGCUGUCGGAGACUUUGUGUUUGUGAGCAAGACUGCACAAAUCACCGGCAAACUGGACUCCAGCAUGCGCGGGCCUUACAAGGUUAUUCGCGCGUUACCGUGCCACCGUUACGAAUUAGAGCUACUAGCUGGUUCCUAUGGGAAAAAGACCCAAGCUGCAGCUGAAAAUAUGAUGUUGUGGCAAGGCGAGUGGACGCCGGAUGCGUGCUCAGUUUUUUUUGAGACUGAGACUGCAUUAGACAAUAAUGAGCAGGUUGCAAGGGAUGAAACAAAUGAAGAGAGAAAUGGCUCUGAUGCUAGUGGUGCAAGUAAUGCUGCGGUCGAGGACGCCGCACUGUCAGGAACGGCCGUCUUAUAAAACAAUCUCCACAGAGCAAGUCGGACCGAGUGAGGGAUAACAGAGAGGAGUGGAACUGGGAACACCGGAAAUGUGGCGAUUGGCGCGCGGACGUGACAGACGCGGGAGUAUUUUAUUAUUUAUGGUGGCGUUGUGUAAAAGAUUGUCUUCUGGUUGCGUAUAAUUUUCAUUGUGGUAUUUUAGUUAAUUAAAAAUUGUUUUGUAAGGAAUAAAACUUCCUAGGUUGAGUGUUUUGUUACUUUUA